AUGCAAUCAAUACUAAGCACAAUAUUCCCCUGUUGUUUUCCCUCCAACCGACACACCCGCUCUUCGGGCGACAACACCGAACGUACACCACUUCUCAACGCAGACCGCUCCCAUUCGAUCCACUCAGGCGCAGCAUCAUCGUUCAUAGGAGACAGUGGACUCGUCACGCCAGGAUCAGAAACGAAGCGCAACAAACACAAAAAGAAUUCUGUCCUGCCAUCUCCAUCGUAUGAUGCACAUGUAUUGAAGAGUAUUGUUGAUGAUUUUAAGGGAAACUUGAUCUCUGUUGAUUCAACAGGCGAGAAGGGAGCAGGGGUGUUGUUGGAAGGUGGUGAUGCAGAGCAGAGUACGAUAGCGGAAGCAGGGCAGGCGGUGGGGAAGAAACAUGUAACGCCGGUCCAUACACUUCGCUUGUCUGUAUCUUCGGGUUCGAGGCCUAGAUCGAUGACUAAGUUGGUUGAUAUUUGGUCAGAUACUCCCACAGACCCAACCACCACGCCGGCGAAUGCGGGAUCAGGAACAAAUACACCAACAUCGAGCAACGUCUUAUCUUACUCGGCUGUGGCGAAGAGAGGCAAGAAGGCCAACGCCAAGAACAAGAAGGCAUUAGCGGCGGUGAAGGGUAAGGAGGGACCGAGCGUGGAGCAAAAGACGUACGAGACGCUGGCCGAAAUGGCAAGAGCGAAGCCGCUCGUAUAUGAUUGGGAUCUGCAAGAUGAUGGAGCAGAGCAUGCACCCUCUGCAUAG